GCGGGGCGGGAUGGGACGGAUGGGGUGGGAUCCUGCUGCCAGUCACAGCUUUUCCGUGGUGCCCGCCUCCUGCUUGGGCCCGCUCCGCCGCCGCCCUCUCACGGCGUCCCGCCGAACAUGCCGCUGGAUCACCGCCGCCUGCGCGGCCCGGAGGAGUCGCAGCCGCCGGCGCUGUGGGCAGCGACCGCGGCCGAGGAUGAGGAGGACGAGGAGGGCGCGGGGGCGGCGCCGCGGGACCCCUGUGCCCUGCGGCCGCUGUUCGCGAGGGCCGGGCUGCUGAGCCAGGCGCAGGGCUCGGCUUACGUGGAGCUGGGCAGCGGCACCAAGGUGCUCUGCGCCGCCUGGGGCCCGCGGGACGCGGCCGAGCCCGGCCCGGGCCGGCUGAUCUGCGAGUUCCGCCGGGCGCCGUUCGCGGGGCGCCCGCGGGCCCGCCUGGCCGUCAGCGCGCUGCUGCUGCAGGACGGGGGCUCGGCGCUGGCCGCCGCCGUCAGCGCCGCCGCCCUGGCGCUGGCGGACGCGGGCGUGGAGAUGUACGACCUGGCCGUGGGCUGCGCGCUGUGCCGGCCGCCCGCGCCCGCCGCCUCAUGGAUGCUGCAGCCCGCCGAGCCCGAGGAGCGCCGCGCCGCCGCCCGCCUCACGCUGGCCCUGCUGCCCGCCCUCAACCAGGUGUCGGCCGUGCUGGGCGGCGGCCGGGGCGGCCCGCCCGAGGACUGGGCGCAAGCCCUGCGGCUCGGCCUCGAUGGCUGCCACCGGCAGUACCCGGUGCUGCGGCAGAGCCUGCUGCGGGCCGCACAGCGCCGCGAUGCCGCCGCCGCUGCCGCCGCCGCCACCAGUGCCUGAGUGCCCGUGAGACCUGCGUGCCCCACUCUGGGGAUGGGGCAUGUCCCAGAGCCUGCCCGAGCUGCUUUCAGUGCUGCCGGAGACCCCUGGAGCCUGCCUGAUCCACACAUCAUUGUUGGGGAUUAAAAUAAGUUUACUUUUAGAGUCUUAAAAGUUUAUUAAGUUUGAUUGUAACUGCUGGUGAACCCCCAGAGCCGGCCUGAUCCACGCCUCACGCUGCUGGAGACUGGAUGAGCCAGCCUCUGCACUGCUGGAGACCCCUCGUUUUGCCCACACAGCUGGAGGCCCAAGAACUGUGCCCGAGGACACGGGAAUCUGCACCCCCCCACACUGCCCAGGCACCCCAGAGUGCAGUGGAGAAGCCCUCGUGUUGCAGAAGAUCGUUUUCAACUGGCACAGUGGGACCCAAACAGCCUUGCACGCUGCUGAAGCCCUCCAAGAACAACCUCCAUACUGCCUCAGCAGCCAGAGCCUGCCCGAGACCUCCCUCCAAGCAAUUGCUGGCACUCUAGGACCCCACAUCUCCCCCCGGGGUGGUCAGAGCAUCAGGCUGAAACCCUCACUCCAAGCUCCCCACCAUAUCCAUCUGUGCAGGCAGCACCAGGCAGGAACCAGUCACGGCAUGGACUGUGCAUCCCUUGGACUCCUUGACCAGGCAGUGCUUCAGGGUGGCAGAGUUGUGUUUUGUUAGUUUUUUCAUAAUAAUAAAUGGUAUUUUUUCUGGUGA